AUGGAUGAGCUUCUAGCACGCCACAAAAAGGAGCAGCGGGAUUUGGUGAAUCGGAUUACGGGUCUCAAGAAGCAGGCGACCAAGAAGAACCGGAAAUCCGUGAAUUCCCAGUGUGUCCAGCUUCAGAGCGACCUCGAUGCCAAACAGAAGCAAGAAAUAGACGACUUCAAUGGCGUAGAGCCGGAGAAAGACGUUUCUCCAGAAGAGCUUUUGGCUUCCAUGGCCAUCGAAGAGAAAAACGAGCUGGAAGAGGCGGUUCCAGAAGCAGGUCCGAAGAAGAGAAACAGAGCCAAGGAGCGGUUGCAAAAAAGACUAGUACAAGAAGAGGCUAUCCGGAAUCAGGCUCGAGAGGAGGCGGCUGGAGAAACAGACUACCGUGCCAUUGAGCAGGAGCUGAUGAAGAAGGUGCUAGCAGCCAAUGGGCUUGAGCCGUGGGAAAUAAAGCCUGAUGGACACUGUCUUUUUGCUUCGAUCCAGGACCAGCUCAAGCAGAGAGUUGGUAAGCAAGUUCUGGUGGAGGAGUUACGAAAAGAGGCUGCCGAAUUCGUGAGAACCCACCGUGACGAGUUUGUGCCGUUUUUGUUUGACGAGUCCACGAUGUCCUUGAGAGACGUUGAUGAGUACACCCGGGAGCUUGAAACCACGGCAAUGUGGGGGCUGGAUAUGGAGAUAUUGGCCCUUUCGAGGUGCUACGGCGUGAAAAUCCGUGUUUUCAGUGCCGGCCUGGCGCCCAUUGACUUUGAGCCUGAAACAACCAAAAAGAAGGAUUCCGAGGGCACCGAGCCUGCCACGAAUGUCGCUGUGCUCUACUUGGCGUUCUACAAACACAGCUACGGCUUGGGCGAACACUAUGACUCCGCCAGGGACGCCUCUAACUAG